AUGAUGGCGAUGUUGGUCACUUUCUAUGGUACUCGAGGUUCAUGUCAAAGCUGCUUGUAAAUGAAGAUGUGUGCCUUCGUUUAUUCGAUCAGUGUACAUGGUAGGUGAAAUGCACAUGGUAGGUGAAAUAAUAUGAACCACUCAAAGAAUUACAGUUCAUUACGGAUUAACUCGAGACGUAUAUAAGUUACAUACGCGUGAAAACUUUAGAACGCGCUUAAGGAAAUAUAUCUUUCUUUGCACGUGUUUUGGACUGCGUCUUGUCAUCCAUUUUUCCAUUAUGUGAAGAUAUUGACGGAAAUUUUCGUAAGACUGCAUAUUGCAUAGGUUGAAGAUGCUUUUGAAUAAAUAGGAUAGAUCUGCAAGAAAAAAAGGAUUCUACGUUUUUGUAAUAUUGGCUACCAAAAAUCAAAGCAUUUGCAUGUGUCAUUUCUUAUGAGGAAGGUAAACAAGAAAAGGUAAAUGCUUUGUUCCGGCUGUUUUCUUGGGUUUUGAUCGCCGUAAAUGUUAAUCACUUUCACUUCACUAUAUUUUUGGUUAUAAGUUCGUGACGUGUCGGGUAGUUAAAUACAUAUUGAUUUUGUAGCAGGUAGAAACGUGCGUACAGACUUUUGCUAUACCGUGUUCUAUCGAGAGAAAUAAGAUGCCAGAUUUAAGCCAAUGAAUGUCCUGAACAUUUUUGGGUGCUAUAAUUGCGAAUGUGAAGCCAUUUAUCAUUGCUGUUGGAACACAGCAUAUUGUAGCAUUGAGUGUCAGCAGCUGCACUGGCAAAAAGAGCACAAACGUGUUUGCCGACGUAAGCGUUAGUCAUGUGACGUUGGUCGUAAAUGUUAGAAUGGGAUAUUAGCUGGAGAGAAAGAAAGUUAAAGGUACGACUGCUGUGUACCAUGUUGUAGAUAAUAGUCAAAAUAAAAUUGGAUGGUCAGUUUGCCAUUUAAGUUUUAAUUGAACAUAAGUUACUAAGUGCAUUCUAUUUCCGUAUUAGUUUAUUAUAUUGAGAGAUCCUGUUGCUGGUUGAUUCUACUGAUGAGAAUUCUAUGAUCUGUUGCUUGAUACAGGGAAUGUUCAGUAAAAAAAAUUAAGUUAAUAGAAUGAUAUAAUGUAUUUUAUGUUUGUCGAGAGAGAGGAAGGAAUGUUGUUUCAUUGUAUACUUCUUUCAUUACAUUUUGCAAGCCAAGGAAGGAUAUUUUGAAUCAUUGAACUUGUGGAAUGGAUUAUUUUAAACAUGCAGGUAAUUAUUCUUUUCUAUUUAUAUUCUGUUACAACCUGGAAUGUAUUACAAAUGUCAAUAGUGGGUGGGUAACUAGAUAUUUAGGAAUCUCAUUUCAUUUCCCCCAUGACCUAAAACUUCGUUGAUGUUCACCUUGUCUAAUGUCUAGUUGAAGAGACUUCAUCUUAAACUAUUAAAUUUUAUUGCUCUAAUUGGAGGCUGGAGAACAGGCAGAGAGAGAGAGAGAAAAAGUAUUGAAGUCUUGAAAUGGAAACUUGUUGUACAGUAAUGAAAAUGUUUUAAUGAAUUGAAGUCAUGCAGCAAGAUUGUGUUAAAGUGGAAGAAAUAUUAUAUUUAUUUUCUGUUCUAAUAAUCUGUUUUAUGUUUAAAUUGUUUGUACAAAAGUAUUAUGUCAAAGGUAUGAUAUUCAGCACAUAAGCUUUUAGUGUGUGUAUGGUUUUGAUGUAAAUGUAUCAACUCUUACUCAUUUUGUAUGGAAAAUUGGACAAUAAUAUAUCGAAUAAUAGUUAUUUUGAUUAUGUGCAUUGGUAUGAAGAUUUUACAUUACCGUUUUACUUUUUUGCUCAUCAAAGCAAAAUGGGAGUAUGGACUGAAGUGGCACUUUUUGAAUAACAAUCAAUAUUACAGAAAAUCAACUCCCUUACUACUUGAAGGUUUUCAAGUCAGACCUCUUCCAGCAAUUAUUAAAUGCUACAAAAUUAGUUACCUAUUAUCAGAAUGUUAUUUAAAUUGUAAAUCUCAUGAGUAUGUUUAUAAAUGGUUUUCUGUAAUUGUUGAUUCUAUCUGAAGUGCCAUGCCAAGGCCUACAAUCAUGUAGCUUUAUAAAAUUUAGUUUUUAUUUGCAGGAUUUCAUUAUUGAAUUGUUCUUUUAUUUUUUAAGAAUUUUAAAAUUAACAUAAAUAUUUAAUUUUUAACUUCAUACAUUUUAUCUAUGAAGAUUUACAUUACUGAAACACAAUCCUUCUUUGUAGUAAUUCUAAUUAAUUAUAGAAUUAACAGUGCUCUUCUCUAUAAAAUGGCUAAUGAGAAAAUAAGCAAAUUCAGUGUGUGAUGAUAGCAUUUGUAUACAAUGGUGCUGGUUUUUAAGGGGUGUGAUUUUUUCUUUAAAGAUACUUGAAAGUAGUUUACUUUCAGAGUAAUAAUUAUUGAAAGAAAAAGAAAAAAAGUAGAAAUAUAAAAACCUCAUGGUAAUUGUAAAUUUAAGUGAUAGGCCUGAAAUUCUCCCAAGUGUAGGUGAAGGACAUAUAUUUUUAAUAAAAACAGAUGAUUUAUAAUUAAAAGUUUUCUGAAAAUAAUCAUAUAUCAUAUGUGUACGAAAACAAAUAUUAAUUUCAUUCUCUUUUACAUGGACAGAAAUAUGAUGCACAUGUGUCACAAACUUUAUCUUUAGAAAAUUUUUCAAUUAAUAAUUUAGAAAAUGUUUUUUGUACUUUUAAGGCAAGGAGCACUAUAUGAAGUCAUGCUUCUUUGAUAAUCUUUCUUAACAACAUUAUUGAGUUUUAUAAUGUUGGUCAGUAUAAUGCUCUGCAUUUGUUUAUAUUUUGUUUUUCAUUACACAAGUUAUUUUUUGAAAGGUGCAUUCCAGAGGUGGCUUGCAAAUGGAUUGAGAAGUUAAAAAAUUACCAUCAUUCACGUACUUGCAAAAUGAAUUUUUAUCAAACCUUUCUACGAAGAGAGGUUUAAUUAAUGGCAGAAAGUUGAAAUACUACAAGGUCUGUGGAAGUCUUUUCCACUGUAUAAGGUGCUACGAUAUGCAGAGUGGUAUUUAAAGUGUUCUUGUUAAAAUAAUACCCAUUCGUGUGUAAUCAUGUAUUCUAAGAAUGGUUGCAAUCUUUUGCUUUAGUUGUGUGCAUCUGUUCAGAACAUAAGACAUUUUUAUGCAUUUUUCAUCACAUUCUAAAGUAAUGGUAUUAUAUCCAUUAAAUACAUCAGAUGUUAUAUGUGCAGAAGUAAAUUUAUUUAGUUGAACUAUAUUGUAUGCUUGUUUUUUUUUUGCCUUCUGAAGUUUCAAUGUUUAAUGUGAAAAUGUUUAAUUUUUUUUUAUUUUUUAGUAUGUGAAGUUAAGGAUGAUACUUAAUUGAUGUGAAAACAGUAUUUUUAUUCAUUACUGCUUGAUGAAUUCCCUUUUAUGAGUAUUAAAUGACAGUUGUUUAAAGCAAUUUACUUCGAGGGAAAGGUAUUGGAUUUAUACUAACAGCCACUGAGAGGUAAAUAGGUUGGACGUGCAGUUGAAGUCUGAAGUGGUAAAGAGGUAAUUACCAAAUAUUUUUUUGAAGGUAUUGAGAGAGAAGCAGGAAAACAGAGGAGAAAUUGGGAGGUGUGGGAAAAGAGAGAACUUAUUGUGCUAUACUCAUACAUGUUUAUUGGUGCAUAAUAACUAAUAAUUAUCUUUGUUUACUUGCGUAAGAAAUAUGUUACAAAGAAUUAAUAUAUGAAUGAAAUAGUUUUGUUCCUAAUAGCACAAAUAGUUGUUACUAUUUCCUCACGCCACUCAAUUUGUAUAUUCUUUUGCACAAAUAAAUACAUAAAAAUAUUAAUUGUAUUGUCUAUAACCAAAGUAGAUGUAGUCUUACUUUAUCUUAAAAGCCUAAAACAUAUUAGCAUUCUGUGUCUUAGAAAUUUUCUGUGUUUAGAUCUUGUUGCUUGUAUUGAUUUGAUCAAAAAAUACUUAGUCCAUAGGGCUGGGUGUGGAAAACUUACUGUAUUGGGUUUUAGGAAACUGUAAUAGUUUUGGGCUUACAAUAAAAAAAAUUAAAAUAAUAUUGUUUCACAUAAACGUGUAUGAAUACCUUUCAUGUAUACAAUGAUUUGAUGUAUAUUGAACCUGGAACCCUGCCUUAUGGAUCAUUUGUGCUGUUGUCCCUAGUGCUUGAAAUUUCCAUUUAUUCGACCCUUCAUUUUCAAAAGUAAAUGUUGAUUUCUGUGAUGGUAAAUUAACAUUAAAACCACAUUUGCUGUAAAAUGAUUUGUGAUUCUCUUGAACUUGAAGAUUAAAUACAUUUACCAUUGACUAUAUUUUAUUUACAAGAAGUUACUACCCAAAAAUACAGCAGUUU